UUGUCUUGCCUUUAUAUGGAAUGAAGAAAAAUCGAAUUUUGUAACCAUUUUUGACUUUAAAGUCACACUCGCCGUAUACGGCACACCAAAUGACCAAAAACAUUUGACCACCAACUUUGCUUUAAUGUUAAAACUUUUUUUUUGCAUCCCACUACUCUCUUCUUCACCUCCUCAAGUCACAGUGACCAAAAUCACACACUUCACAAGAAACAACCUAUGGAUCCAAAUGAAUCUCCACCAAACCAAUUUCGCCACGUGGUGGCCAUGCCUUAUCCAGGUCGAGGACACAUCAACCCUAUGAUGAACCUCUGCAAACGCCUUGUCCGUCGAUACCCUAACCUUCACGUCACCUUCGUCGUCACAGAAGAAUGGCUCGGGUUUAUUGGACCCGACCCGAAACCCGACCGGAUCCAUUUCUCCACUCUCCCUAAUCUCAUCCCUUCCGAGCUUGUCAGGGCCAAAGACUUCAUAGGCUUCAUUGAUGCCGUCUACACAAGAUUGGAAGAACCAUUCGAGAAGCUUCUUGACAGCCUCAAUUCACCACCUCCGAGUGUAAUAUUCGCCGACACUUACGUCAUUUGGGCUGUGCGAGUCGGCAGAAAAAGGAAUAUUCCGGUGGUUUCUCUCUGGACCAUGUCAGCCACGAUUCUCUCCUUCUUCCUCCACUCUGAUCUACUCAUAAGUCAUGGCCAUGCUCUGUUCGAACCAUCAGAAGAAGAGGUUGUUGAUUACGUCCCCGGUUUAUCUCCGACGAAACUCCGAGAUUUGCCGCCGAUAUUUGACGGUUACAGCGACCGAGUCUUCAAGACAGCUAAGUUGUGUUUCGAUGAACUACCAGGAGCUAGGUCUUUACUCUUCACCACCGCCUAUGAGCUUGAACACAAAGCUAUUGACGCUUUCACCUCCAAGCUCGAUAUCCCGGUCUACGCUAUUGGUCCUUUAAUACCUUUUGAAGAACUUUCUGUUCAAAAUGAUAACAAGGAACCUAAUUACAUCCAGUGGCUUGAGGAACAACCGGAAGGCUCUGUUCUUUACAUAUCUCAGGGAAGUUUUCUUUCGGUCUCGGAAGCUCAGAUGGAGGAAAUAGUGAAAGGACUGAGAGAAAGUGGAGUCCGGUUUCUUUGGGUGGCUCGUGGGGGCGAGUUAAAGCUUAAGGAGGCUCUUGAAGGUAGCUUAGGUGUAGUGGUGAGCUGGUGUGAUCAGCUUCGGGUGCUGUGUCACAAAGCUGUAGGCGGGUUUUGGACUCAUUGCGGGUUUAACUCGACAUUGGAAGGGAUAUAUUCAGGAGUACCAAUGCUAGCGUUUCCGUUGUUUUGGGAUCAGAUUCUGAACGCUAAGAUGAUUGUUGAGGACUGGAGAGUCGGAAUGAGGAUCGAGAGGACGAAAAAGAAUGAGUUGUUGAUAGGGAGAGAGGAGAUCAAGGAAGUAGUGAAGAGGUUUAUGGAUAGAGAGAGUGAAGAAGGGAAAGAGAUGAGAAGAAGGGCUUGUGACCUUAGUGAAAUCAGUCGAGGAGCUGUUGCGAAAAGCGGUUCGUCUAAUGUAAACAUCGAUGAGUUCGUUCGGCAUAUUACCAAUACAAAUUAAGGCUCAAAGAGGUUUUAUUGUUUCAAUACAAUGUAAGGCUCAAUGGCAUGCUCACUAAAUCAUAUGUAUCUUUUGAAUGACUAAAAAGUAAAAACCACCACCAAAUUAUAGCUAAAUCAAUUUCUUACCAUAUGUCAAAAAUUUAUAGAAAUUCUAAUGGUGGGAAAGCUCCCCG